AUGGUUAUAAUCACCAUGGUUGGUGCCUUUAAGAAUGUCUUUGGAGAGGACCUGUCUAUCAGCAGUGGUCCCUGGUGCUGGAUCAGAGGCUGCCUAAAGAAUAUGGAAAUAGUGAAAUGGAUGACAAUCACGGGAAAGGGCUGGGAAAUUGCUACUUACAUCGUCACAGCUUUCCUUUACAUCUAUCUCAAAUACUACAUGAUUAAGAGGCGCCGGCGAGAGCAUGCCCCUGAUCUGCGAUACAGUCAAAUCUCGAUGCAUCUUCGAGAUGACGACGAGAACUACGUCCUUCUGUGGUUCGUUCUCUAUCUUCUCCGAAUCUGGGGUACUGCUAGAUACGGAAUUUUUGUUUUUAGGGUAAUCCAUGGAAAAGAUGUGUACAAUUUUGACGAGACGGACAUGGUGCUGAUGCAUUUACAGAGUAUCGGGGACAGCGCUCAGGCUUUUUGUAACUGUCUUCUCUUCUGUGUCAAGGAUACAACUGUCCGACGUGGAAUUUGGAGAAAUUUGUGUUGGAGAGAAAGAGAUCGACAGCUGAGAGACUACAAUCAAAUACAUUAAGGAGUAAAAGCAAACUGCAGAAAGCAAUUUGAUGUCCUUGUGUGUUCAAUUAUAUACCACAAAACUUUACCAAUAAUUGAUAACAAUCAGUGUAACUAUAAGAUGAACAUAUUUCAUCAAAAAUGAAUUUUCUAUUUGAAAUGAAUUAAGUGUAUAUCAAAAUAUAUAGUGUUUUUUAAAAUUUAAUGUGGUUCGUGAACAUUUUUUGAAAAGCAUAAAUAAUAAUAUGGUAAUUGAUGAUUAAGUAAUUGAUACAAUGCAGAGAGAGAGAGAGAGAGAGAGAGAGAGAGAGAGAGAGAGAGAGAGAGAGAGAGAGAGAGAGAGAGAGA